AAUAACAGACUUAGCUCCUCCCCUAUGCAAGUGUCCGGUACAAUUCGUAUUGUAUCCUCUAACCCCCUCAACCUUGCAAACACCCUUCCGUCUGGUCAAAGCUUCAGAUGGAAACUCUGUAGAAGCCACACUUGGAUAGGCGUUAUCGAUAAUCACGUCAUUUCCCUGAAACAAAAUUCACCCUCUUUGAUAUCAUAUACUGCAGAACCUUGCGCCAGUUCAGAAGCUAUCAAAAAUAGACUCAUCGACUAUUUUAGAUUAGAAAGCCCUCCACUCAGAGAAUUGUACCGACAAUGGGGUCAAUCGACCAAAACUAACCAUGCUGAAAACCAUACAGCAGAUAUCAACGCAGACUUCAAGAAAAAAGCGCAAAAAUUGGAUGGAUUGAGAUUGCUAAGACAAGAUCCUUAUGAAUGUACUUUCUGUUUUAUAUGUAGCCAAAACAAUCAUACUAAACGCAUUUCAAGCAUGGUCGAAACGCUGUGUAACGUCUAUGGGUCAUUUAUCGCGACGGUUGACGGUGUCGACUAUUACGCAUUCCCAAAAAUUGAUCAGCUGCUUCGAGCAACAGAACCUGAAUUGCGCGGACUCGGGUUUGGGUAUCGCUCUAAAUAUAUAGUCGAGUCAGCUAAAAUUGUCAAGGAGAAUGGCGGAGAAACUUGGCUCAGAUUACAGAAAUUGGUACCGACAGACGUAGCUAAGUUGGCACUUCUAUCUUUACCGGGCAUAGGUCAUAAGGUUGCAGAUUGUAUUGCUCUGUUCUCUAUGGAGAGAUUGGAUGUGGUUCCUGUCGAUACGCAUGUCUGGAAAAUAGCGAUGAGAUAUCUACCAAAACGAAAAAAAAAUUCAUCAACUUAUCAAUACAUAGCAGACUUUUUCAAGGAGAAGUUUGGUCCAUAUUGCGGAUGGGCGCACACAAUAUUAUUUGCAGCUGAAUUGAAGACAUUUCAAACAGUUAUGGAUGAGGAUUCUAAAGUCAAUAAGUCCAAAACCAAAGCUAAAAAAACUGCCAAUUUAUGAAUGGGAUAAAUUAGGGAAUUCGACCAAUACUUCGCACACAUUAUUAAAAAGUUUCCAUAUUUGCACGUC